GCACUGCUGGAAUGGUUGCGCCAGCGCCUGAAUAAAAUCAAUAAAUCAAUACUAAAAGCAAUUGUAAUUUCUAACUUUGAGGCUCUUAAAAAUAAUCAGCAUUACUAUACAUCGCUCAAAUAUAUGCACGGAAUAAGUAAACCUAAAAAUUAACUUCGGAAUUUCAUCGUAUAUGUGAAUAUUUGUAAAUUUGUGAGAAGUCUGGCUAGAACUGAACCAACAAUAAUAACUAUGCGCAAUAUUUGCGUAUUUUGACGCUUUCCGAAAUAAAAAAAAAAACACAAAUACUAGCUUCGCUGAAAAUGCCGUUAUUUGGUAAGAAGGAUUCCGGCAAAAAAGCCAAAGGAAAGGACAUAAAGGAUCUUAAUAAACAAGUGUCGAUCGAAGAGAAAUACAAUCUACACGGACUUCUGGGGACUGGAGCUUUUUCAGAAGUACGCCUAGCUGAAAGCAAAGAUUCUCCUGGAGAUCACUUUGCUGUGAAAAUUAUCGACAAGAAAGCUCUCAAAGGCAAAGAAGAAUCUCUAGAGAAUGAAAUACGUGUUUUGAGAAGGUUCAGUGCAAAUCAUUACGAUGGCAAAUGUCCGAAAGGAACGCGGUUAACUCAUCCAAAUAUAGUGCAACUCUUGGAAACGUAUGAGGAUAAGUCGAAGGUGUACCUUGUUAUGGAGUUGGUUACUGGUGGUGAACUCUUUGAUCGUAUAGUGGAAAAAGGAUCUUACACUGAAAAAGAUGCUUCUCAUCUCAUAAGGCAGAUUCUAGAAGCGGUUGAUUAUAUGCAUGAGCAAGGUGUUGUUCAUCGCGAUCUUAAGCCGGAAAACUUACUGUACUACAGUCCUGACGAUGAUAGCAAAAUAAUGAUUAGCGAUUUUGGCUUAUCUAAAAUGGAGGAUUCUGGAAUUAUGGCAACAGCAUGUGGAACUCCGGGAUAUGUUGCUCCUGAGGUCCUCGCACAAAAACCAUAUGGAAAAGCCGUAGAUGUGUGGAGUAUUGGAGUAAUAUCAUACAUUCUUUUAUGUGGCUAUCCUCCGUUUUAUGAUGAAAAUGAUGCAAAUCUUUUCGCUCAGAUUUUAAAAGGAGAAUUUGAGUUCGAUUCACCCUAUUGGGACGAAAUAAGCGAGUCGGCCAAGCACUUUAUUAAAAACUUAAUGUGUGUAGCAGUAGAGAACCGAUAUACAUGCAAGCAAGCUCUGGCCCAUGCUUGGAUUUCAGGAAAUGAGGCCAGCAACAAAAACAUUCAUGGGACCGUGUCAGAGCAAUUGAAGAAAAAUUUCGCAAAAUCCCGUUGGAAGCAAGCCUACUACGCGGCUACAGUGAUUCGACAGAUGCAGCGAAUGGCACUGAACAGCAAUAGCAGUGCAAAUAGUGAUUCAACUAGCAAUAGCAGUAACCAAAAAGACUCUACAGCUUCAGCAGAAGUGUCAGAAGCAUCCAAUCCAAAUGUUGUAUCAGCGCAGUCAUAUACACAAAGUCGUGUCCAAGAAGUCAAUAUGCCGGUAGGCAAUACCAAUGGAGCUUCACAGUAGCAAAGUUGAAUAUAAAAAAUAUGUUACGUAUAUGCCACUUUGGCUUAAAUGACUUUAAAAAUUUGUUUAAUGUAAUUAAUAAUUUUUUAAUCGAAAAUACCAAACAAAUAAUAACUUUAAAAUGUGCCACCACCA